UCUCCUCCCCAACAACGCCUCUUUCUGUCACAGAUCCCAAAAUACACCAGUCAAUACCAUCAAUACUCAUCACAUAACCGUCAUAAUGGUCAAAGCCGUCGCCGUCCUCCGUGGAGACUCCAACGUCAAGGGAACCGUCACCUUUGAGCAGGCCGACGAGUCCGCCCCUACUACCAUCUCAUGGAACAUCACCGGUCACGACGCCAAUGCUGAGCGUGGCAUGCACGUUCACGCUUUCGGCGAUAACACAAACGGUUGCACGUCUGCUGGUCCUCACUUCAACCCCCACAACAAGACGCACGGCGCGCCCGAAGACGACGAGCGCCACGUCGGUGACUUGGGCAACUUCAAGACCGACGGCCAGGGCAAUGCUCAGGGCAGCACCACGGACAAGCUGAUCAAGUUGAUCGGCUCCGAGAGCGUUAUCGGCCGCACUAUCGUCGUUCACGCUGGAACUGACGACCUCGGCAAGGGCGGACACGAGGAGUCCAAGAAGACUGGUAACGCUGGCCCUCGUCCUGCUUGCGGUGUUAUUGGCAUCUCCAACUAGAAUGCUGCGUGUUAAGAACGUAAACAAUAAGGAAAUCUUAGGGUAGCUUGACGAGAAUCAAUUGCUGUAUCCUAUUCCUCAUUCAAGUGCAAGGUGCAAAUGUGAAGAUAUAUAUUUGACAGGAUGAAUUUGCAGUCGUAUGAUGAUGAAGA